UUCUCACGCUGUGUUUAGAACCUCCGAAUCCAAAAAGAGUGCCAGACAAACACACAGAGAAGCUGAAGCGGAGCUUCUUCUCCCUCAUGUUUAGGGUUUCAAAGCUUCUAUUUUGACUCUCUUAUUCACGCUUUCAGGCCAAAAUUAUCCUUAAAUUUCUAAUUCCCGUUGGCAUUUGAGUUAGGGUUUAUCUUCUGGUCCUCCAAAAUCCUCUAAGCGCUGUAUUCAAUUUGUCUUGCUCUUGGGAUUUUCGGGACUGCAGGGGAAGCUUAAGGUCAAACCUGUGGAAACUGGGUGGUUAAUGCUGGUAAAUCCUAUCAUUGGAAGUCAUUUAAGUCAUACCGUCUUCAAUGUAUGGUCAAGCUAAUUAUGGCCCUCAGUUUGGGCAGGGGACUCAGAAACCAAUCCCAUCUGCUUACCAACAGCACAUGCAAGCUCCUCCACCAUCUCCACCUCCUCCUCCUCCUCCUACCCUUCAAUUCCAACAAGGACCUACGACCCAACUGCCUUCUGUAGUACAGCAAGCUCCACUUGCUGUUCCACCUCAGAUCAGUCAGUUGGGUCCUCGAUUGUAUCAUCAUGGUCUUCCUGCCCAGAAUGCACAUCAGAUUCGGCCAAGUGUUUCUCCUAUGCAUGGUCCUCCUGAGAUGUUACGGUCCCCACAGCCUCAUGGGGCAUUACCUCCUCCUCCUCCUCCUCCUCCUCCUUCACAAGGACAAACACCAUAUAGAGCUACCCUUCAUCCGCUGCCACCCAAUCCCGGUGGGAUGCAGGGUCUUAGGCAUAUUCCUCCACCUCCUCCACCCUCCACUUCUGGCUUUUUUACACCCACUAGAUUUGGAAGUUCUGUACCAUCAAUAAUUGGAGAUUCUCAUGUGUCAUCCACAGCUCCUCCUCCACCAUCUUCUUCACCACCUAUCCCACCUUCUCCACCUCUUGCUGCCUCUCCCCUAGCGUCCUCUUCAUCAGCCAACCCUGGUGCUUCCAAUUUGUCCGAUCACUCUGAUUUGAGUUCUAGCUACAAUAAGCAUUCUAUCUCUGAAUUGAGGGUUGUAGAUCAUGUUGACAGAGGCAUAGCAUUGAAAGAUGUCAGACUUAAUGCUUUGGUGCAUGAUGGCUCUCAAAACUUGGAUGCUAGAAGUGUCUGUGAAGUUGGUUCUGUAGCAGGAGAUGGAUUUGAUGGAACUGCAAGGUUAAAUCUUCCUCCACCCCCACCAAAGAUUACAGAAUUUAAGGGAGAUGAUUUUUCAAGCCAGCCUAAUCAUUUAAUGGUUUCAGCUGGUUGUACUUCACCUGCUGAUUCUGACAUGGAGAUGGAAGAUGAUAUUACCGUCUUCGACAAAGAUCAGGAACUGUCUAACUCCGUUGAAGCUUCAGACUGCAACUCAGAUUUAGUUUGCAAGGAGCAAGAUGUAAAGUAUCAGCUACAUGGACAACAAAUUUCAUUAGAAGGCCAUCUGGUCAAUCAUGCUUCAUCUGAAAAAGUGAUAUCUGGAUCCUUGAAUCUGCAUGAAGAAAGCAAAGAUUUGAGGAGUUCUUCUAAUCAAAUUAAUAGAAGUGGCAGCCCAUUUAGACUUCUUCAAGACUAUGCUUCUGACGACACCUCAGAAAACGGAGAUGAGCCCUUCCAUGAAGACAGUAAUCCUUUAACAGUUCCUCUGUCAGUUACAGUUGGUCCUUCACGUUCCCAAAAAGUUACUGUGAGCCAUUUGAAGACAGAUACAGUAUCUGAGAGUCCACAAAGGAGUAAAAAGGCUAAAAAGGGGUUUGGACAGCUAUCUGAAUCUAGCAUAUCUCAAAAGGCUGCAGAAUACCCCCCAGUUUCACAAACAAAGGUUGAGGAUGCUCAAGCUGAUAUAGCAUCUACCACAAGUGGGAAAACUGAUGAAUGUCUUGAUGACGACCACAGAAAGCAAGCAUCUGUUAAGCAUACUAGUUCAAAAAAAGUUGCUUUGGGGGAUGCUGAUGUUGAAGUUAUUUCUAAGAGAAAUAAAACUGUGAAGGAAAAUAGAGAGAAAGAGACAAAGUUUGAGUCAGCAGCUCCACUGAAGGUGGAUGAGUUUGGGAGGCUGGUUAGGGAAGGUUCUAGUGACAGUGACUAUGAUUCACGGCAUACUAACAGGCGUACUAAAAGAGGCAGAAGUCGCAGCAGUAGCCGGUCUCCUGUAGACAGGAGUAGGAGGAGGAAUUCAUGGAGGAGAAGAGAGAAGCGAAGUCGAUCUCGCAGCUGGUCCCCCAGGAAUAGAAGAAGCAGAAGCAGGUCUCCCACUUAUAGGCGUACAGGUGAGUUUGGUGGUGAGAAUAUGAGAAGGGAUAGGGCUCGGCUUCCAGAAUGCUUUGACUUCCGUAAAGGCAAGUGCUAUCGUGGAGCAUCCUGUCGGUAUAUGCACCAUGAAGUUGACAAGAGUGAUGGGUCAAGGCGCCAUAGAAGCAGUCAAAACGUACGUUAUACUAUGAAAGAUAAGAACACUUAUUGGGAAAGAGAAGAUGUUACGAAGGAUAAUCUGCAAUCUACUGUUUCAGAUCAUGGUGAUAAAUUGAUUGAUUCUGAUUUAAUUGGGAGGGGUUCUAGGCAGCUAUCUGCUACAGCGAGUGACGAGGGAAUGAUACCAGAAAAGUCAGCAGAGCCAACCCCUCAAAUUCCUCAUGAUCUAAAAUUUCAGGAAGUGUUGGAGACUCAGACUCAUACUCCGAAGUCAUUUGGUGACACUUCUCAAAAUGUGUUUGCUUUUAGGGAAACCUCAGUUCAUCAAUCUCAGAGCAACAUUUCUCCAAAGAAGUUCUCCAAUAGUGAACCUUCUUCAGAUACGAUUUCAUCAACUCAGUCAUUGCCUAGUGCAAGUUCACUUAGUCAAAAACGUUCAUCUGAACCCAUUUCAUUGCAAUUAUUGACUUCCAAAGAGUUAUCUUCUCCCAAUUAUUCAGUUGCAAAUACUCUGCAUCAUCUUUUGCGGCAUCCCCCUCCUGCUUCUCUUCCACUUGCACAUGGUUCAGCUGCUGCUCAUAUGCCACAGUUUCAAAGGGAACAUGGCUCAAUUUCACAGACUGCAUCCUAUCCUCUUCCUUCUGCACCUGUGGAAAAUCUUCAUACUUUUCAGGCCCCUUUAUCCAGCCAAUAUUCACAGCCGUCUAGACCACCGAAUUCCUCUUGGUCAUCCUUGCUGCCACCACCACCUCCCCGACCAAAUGAUUCAUCUUUAAAUGCAGGGAUUACCAAACCUGAUGUCUCUUCACAGUUCCAGCAGAGUCACUUUCCAGUAAGGACUGAUUUUAGCCCGCUGACUUCUGUUAGGCCUUACCCUACUGAAUUGCCUUCUAAUUCUCAGGUUGGUGAGUUUCUACACCGAGCCUACCCUUCAGUGCAGGAGUCUCAACGACCUAACAUUAACAGGGAAGACUUCAGAUCUGGAAACCCACCAAGUCAACCAUUUGGUGGUUGCAGUCCUCUGCGAGAUGAUCACUUGACACAUCCUGUAGUCCAAGAAUCAAAUUCUUUGAGCUGUCUAGGUCAGGGCAGCUUGAACCGCCAACAUGUGCCUUCUUCUAAGGAAUUGCCUGUGAACAGGAUCCUACCUUUUUCAGGUGGCAUUUUUCCUUCAGGUGAACAUAUAAAGUCAUCUUCCCAGAGUCAUCAUUGUACACACAACCAACAGCCUUCCUAUGGUAUGCAAUAUCCUCCAAAUGAUAACAUUCUGGGUAUGCCUGGGAAAACUGUUUCUGUGUCUCGAUAUCCACCAGAUCUUAUGGACAGGAAUUCAACCUCUUGCCAUCCUGAGUUUGGGGCUUCAACAAUUUCUGCACAUUAUAAUCCUUUUGGAUCAACAUUUGAGCAGCCACUGAACACUAAAUUCAGCUCUAAUGAUUUCAGUCAAGAAAAUGGUGCACAAUAUGGUAAUAAAUAUGAUACGCCUUCCAGUUUAAGCCAUGUUGCGGUUGAUGGGCAUGGUGUUGGCAGCACUGCAUCAAGACAAACUUCUUCACCAAGUUCUACUAGAGCCAGGGGGUCAAUUUUACCCAAGUCAGGUGGCGACCAAUAUGAUCCACUUUUUGACAGCAUUGAAACAUCAUCAAAAUCUCUGAAGGAAAAUGAUACAGGUCAAAAGCAGGAAUUAGCCAGUGACUCUGAUGUCAUAGCAAGGCUCAGUGGUUCCCAUAAGCCAUUGAAUGUGGAAGAGAACAACAAGGAUAAAGAGGUUGGGGCUGUUGCUUCAACCUCAUCUCUGGAUAAUGAUGAAUAUGGUGAGACAGCUGAUGCUGAAGUUGGUUUUGUUGAGAAUGAGAGCCCAAGUACUCCUGUUGAGGAGGCAACUGCUGGGGAGGUUGAGAUUGAUCAUACUAACUCCCCUGGAGAAAGCAAGAAGAAAAAGGAUUCCAGGUCAAUGAAGCUUUUCAAAAUUUCCAUUGCAAAUUUUGUAAAAGAGGUCCUAAAGCCAUCAUGGAGGCAGGGUAAUAUGAGCAAGGAGGCCUUUAAGACCAUUGUCAAGAAGACUGUUGAUAAGGUAUCUGGAGCCAUGAAGAACCACCAGGCACCCAAGUCUCAGGCAAAAAUAAAUCACUACAUUGACUCAUCACAGCGGAAAUUAACAAAACUCGUCAUGGGCUAUGUUGACAAAUAUGUCAAGGUGUGAGAAUAUCAGUAACAGCCAUUGAAGAGUGUUGUUUUGGUAAAAUCAUGGUUAGUCAAGUCUGUUGCUUUUCCAUCAUUUGGAAUUCUUCCUUUCCUAUGCUGAUGGAGCUUUAGACUUUGAUUUGUUGUAUCUGAAGAAACAUUAGAUGCGAAAUUUUCUACCGGGUUAUGUUUAGGAAGAUGUUAAUAUUUUGUAAAGUUUUUGUUUGUAAUAGAAGGAAAUAUUUGGCUUUGGGAAAGCUGAAUUAUACUGAUAAAUUAUCUUAGCAUUGGCCACCUUUGUAGGUUGAGGCAAAACUGAUAAAAGCUUAUGUAAUGGUAUUCUUUGAUUAUUGUUCUUACACAAAAAAGUAAUUUUAGUCUAUAGCAGUCCUUUUCACUGUUCUAUAAAA